UGUGCAACACUUGUCAUCCCCGGUAUUCAUCCGUCUCUCUACUCUGAGCAGUCAUGAAUAUGAUCUGGCUUUGCAUCACAUCAGUGUUGUCAAUUACUUCAGUCAUCUCUGGUCAAGUUUUUGACACAAGCCACAUCAGAGUUUUCCCAGCAGUGAACCAGAGUAUUGCUGGAAUAUUCCAGGUUAGCUCCAUAAAUGACCUGAACCAGCCACAGUAUGCCUUCAAUGCAUCUGAAGCUCGGAGACUCUGCUCGUUCCUUGGAGUGAACAUUGCCUCAAAAGCACAAGUACAGGAUGCACUCACAAGAGGUUUAGAAACAUGCAGGUUUGGAUGGAUCGAUGAACAUUUAGCAAUCAUUCCCCGCAUCACGGCACUUUCUAAUUGUGGCAAAAGCCAGACAGGCUUGGUGACAUGGCGAGCCCCUGUAACAAAAAAGUUUGAUGUGUUUUGCUUCAAUGAAUCAGAUGUAGCGACACAAUUGAAGGAUACAACAAGUGACAGGCCUUUGAGCAGCAGGGAUUACUCAGGGCAAACAAACUCCAUCCAGACAACACACUCUACGUCUUCCUCCUCCCCUUUUCCUCCUUCCUCCUCAGCCCCUAAAGCCAUAGACAAUGAGGCAGAACCAGCCCUCUAUGUUGGCAGUGCACAAGGCUCUGCUGGAGCAAAGACUGUACUUAUCACCUCAACCUGUGCCCUUCUCCUCAUUGCAAUAAUCGUCCUUGCAUAUCUAACAUUGAGGAGUUGGUCUCAGAGCUCUGACAAGGAGCAGCAGCAGGAGUACGUCAAGACAGAAGAUUGGACGUGUAUGAAGGCUAUAAGGGAAACCAAGGCAGAUGUUCAGGAGGAUGAAAGGAUAGAAGUGGAUGACAAUGCAAGUUAAAGGUUUUGCUGAUGAGGUACACCAAAGAAACACACCAUGGACUGAGUACCAUGAAAACUACUGAGUAAUAUUUUUUUUAAGGACCUUUGUUUAUGUGAAAGUAAUGUAACAGAAUGGCUGUAAAUAGCUUCUUUUUUUUUGCAUGUUAUACUGUAUGUGUUUAUUAUUUUUAGUUAUCUGAUGUUAUUAAAUUGUGCACUUUAGCCACUAGA